GUGAAAAUUGUGUGCAUAUACAAAUGUGUAAUUGCAGAGAAGUACUGUUAAGUACACAUACACACAUCCAUGGAGGUCGAAAUGGAAAUCUCUUUUCCUCGGGCCACCCAUUCACGAAUAUCAAGGAAUUUCUAUAUUCAUUGUAAUAUUUGCUUUCCAAAUUCCAUAUGUAGCGUUUUUGGGAACCCUUAAAUUGCUCACUUCUCUUCCUUUCCUUGCUUCCUCUCUGGAGAGCUAAACCCCUCGGCCUCUGUUUCUCUCUCUUCCUAGUCUCUCUCUGUCUAUGCUUCAAUCCGAUCUCAUUAAACCGAGCAAAAUCCACGUCUGUGGGUGGAAUCCCUAAUCUCGGCGGGGAAUGCGGCGGUUCUAAAGCCGUCGGAGCUUUCGCCGGCGGUUCUAGUGAGUUUGAUUCCUUCUUACUUGGAUUCCACGGCCGUCAGACUCGUCGAAGAGGUGCUCCGUUGGCGAGAUUCUCAUUCUCUUGCAGCAGCAAUGGGAUUAGAUAUUAAUUCUUCACAGGGUUUAUGUUGGAAGGGGCUAAGCACAAUGUGAAGAACAGUUUGUGUUUUUACAUGGAUUGAAAGCUGAGUUAAUUAUGGAUAGUUUUGGUGAAGAUGAUGAAGAUAUUCAGUUUUUUGAUGCCCGGGACGAGAUUGAUCUAGAAUCCGACGACGAAUUAGAUUGUGGUUUGAAGGGGUGGGAGUAUGAUGUGUGGAUUAGGACACCUAUGAGUGUCGGGGAGCGCCGCAGGGAGUUCAUCGGGAUGAUGGGAUUGAGCACACCGGAGUUAGGUGCUAAAUUUGUCGAAAAAGUUGUGGGAAAUGGGAAUAAUGAGGCUGUUUUGAGAGAGUCAAGUGAUGGCGUCGAAUUCGAUUCCUUGUUGAGUUGUGAUGUCGAUGAUCGAAUUAAUUCGUGCGAAUUCAAUUUGAGUGAAUGUAGAAAGGAUCAGGGGAUUGGAGAUAUCGGAUCGAUGAAGCUGGGGCAUAUUCUGUUCGCUGAGAAAUUCGAAAGCCGUUCGAAGAAAAUCGAAGAAAGAGCGGCUGUUCUUGAUUCUUCUUCGCCAUUGAAGUUGGGAAAAUCGAAGCAGAGGUGGUUGAGUAAACUGAACUCGUUCACCUGCAUCACUUGUAGCAACACGACCGGUGAUGACAUGGUGAUGAACAGUUUGGGGAAAUCCCGACCCCGGCGAGUCAAGGUUAGGCAUUCCCGGAAAAAGCUGAAGGAGCUUUCGGCAUUAUUCAUUGUUCAAGACAUUCAAAGCCAUGAAGGUUCGAUUUUGACGAUGAAAUUCAGUCCCGACGGACAGUACCUAGCGAGCGGAGGCGAGGACACGAUUGUGCGAGUGUGGCAGGUCGUCGAAGACGUGAGAUCAUCACGUACCGUCGAAAUUCCCGACGCAGACCCUUCGUGCGUGUACUUUUCCGCGAAUCAUCUCUCCGAAUUGGAGCCUCUUAUGGUCGAGAAAGACAAGGUCGAUUACACUAAGAGUUUACAAAAAACGCUCGACUCGGCUUGCGUCGUAUUCCCGCCGAAAGUGUUUCAUAUUUUUGAAACGCCUUUGCACGUCUUCAAGGGUCACACGGGAGACGUCUUGGAUCUUUCAUGGUCGAAAGAUAAUCGUUUGCUUUCGGCAUCGAUCGAUAAAACCGUUCGACUGUGGAGAGUUGGUGUCGAUCGAUGCCUUAAGGUCUUCAAGCAUAGCGAUUACGUGACAUGUCUUCAGUUUAAUCCGAUCGACGGCGAUUGCUUCGUCAGCGGUUCAAUCGACGGAAAGGUCCGAAUUUGGACAAUUGGUUGCGGCCAAGUUGUCCGAUGGGCGGAGAUGAGGGACAUAAUCACGGCUGUUUCGUAUCGACCUGAUGGACAGAGUGGGAUUGUCGGAACUAUUACAGGCGCCUGCCGAUGUUUUAACAUAUCAGAUGAUAACUUGGAGUUGGAGACAGAGAUGUGCUGGAGUAAUAAGAAGAAGUCGUCGUGCAAACGGAUAACCGGCUUUCAGUUCUUCCCGCAAGACCCGAGCAAAGUGUUGGUCACUUCCGCCGAUUCUCAGCUGAGGAUAUUACACGGGACGAACGUAAUCUGGAAGUACAAAGGAUUGCGAAAAGUCGGGAAUUCUAUAUCCGCAACGCCGACCUCCGAUGGGAAGCAUAUCGUCUCAGCAUGCGACGAUUCAGCCGUUUACGUUUGGAACGUCAACGAUCCGUUGUUCUCGCAUGGGAAAGUAAUCAAAUCGUUCGAAUAUUUUGCGUCGGAGUCCUCCGUCGCAAUACCAUGGCCCGGGAUGAAACCCGGUGGCAUGCUCGAUGUCGACGUGCGUAUCGACGCGUUACGGUUCUGGUCAUCCACCCGGUUCUCGUUAACGCACGAGUACCUCUUAGACUCGGGGUCAAAAGUAUCCGCGACAUGGCCGGAGGAAAAGCUCCCGGCGUCGUCGGGGACGUCCCCGAUGUCGAAGGCGCAGUACAAGCUAUUCAAGACGUCAUACGAUAGUUCGUCGAGGAGCCAUGCAUGGGGCCUAGUGAUCGUCGCGGCCAGGUGGGAUGGCCGGAUCAGAGUAUAUCGGAACUACGGUUUGCCGGUGUCGGUUUGAGUCGACAACGACGGGUUGGCUGUAUUGUAUAUUGUCGGGCAGGUGACAUGGGCCCGGUCGGCGAAAAGCUUGUGCAUUAUUGGGGAAGGGCAGGUGGGAGGGUUGAGGGAUUGGUGGCCCGGCCCGGCCCGGACUUGUUCGUCGGGUGAUUGUUGUUUUUUGUUGUCGAAUGGUGGCAGGAUAUGCCGAUGCUGAGAACUGUGGGUAUGCACGAGGGCUGCGGGGCCUUGACGAAGCUCGGCCUCGCGACCGGCUGGUGGUGGGUCUCUGUCGGAUUUGAUUUUCGGGGUUGGGGUAGGGGUAGGGGUGGGGUGGUGGAUCCACCCUAUGGUCUGAAUGGUUGGGGUGCCUUGUUCUGCCGAUCAACGAAGCGGAUUCGGGACGGGACGGGAUUGAUGGAUGAACUUAGUGAACGGAGAGAAUUUUGUAAAUAAUGAUGUGGAAGUAUUAAGAUUAUCUUUCCGAGAUUUUGCCAACACUUUUUGCAGGAAUUAAUAUGUUUUUGUUUAUUACAAGUGGUGGCACAGUUGAUCCGUAUAGCAAAUAAAUACAAUUAAAAAAAAAAAA